AACCGGGUCGCCUCCUUCUGCUCAUCGCUGAUUGGACAGUUUUGAAUUUGCGCAACGUCAGUUCUUGUACUUGUAGGGGAUUGGCGGAAACGUUCGUCAACAAUCAAACGACCUUUUUAAAACAAAAAUACGCGUAUGACGGAAAUAAACAGAAUCGAAUUACAAGAAUGACUAGAUGUUAGUUGUUUGUUUCGGUUCUCAGGGGACUGAAACAUUUUUUUUUUAAAGAGUCUAAAAAUAAAUUAAUUUUAAAAAGGUGGAAAAAAUGGGGUGGUUUCAUAUCUCUUAUAACAUAAAGAAAACCGAUGUGGAAAUGGAAAUGUUUAGAAUGUGUUGAGUUGCUUUUUUUUUCUGGGUGAAGAGGGAGGAACUUACACUCCACCACAGUCGGUGAUGGUAAUGCGCCUUAUUAGUCAAAUGCCUACCGUCUAAAAAGACGAAGAAGAAAUAGAAGACGAAGAAGAUUAGGGAGAACAAGAAGAAGAAAAGGUUCAAGUCUUGCGUCUUCUGCAAUGACGUCAAAAUAUUCAACGAGUUAAUAAGGAACAACGAUUGUGGGCGUCGACGAAAUAUUCCGAUGAUUGAAGGAAUAAUUGCAAUCACUUAAUCAAUUCGUGGGAUUGAAGAAAAGCAUAGUGUCACCCAUGGUAACACGCAUGAGGAAAACCCGUCAGUUGCUCGGCUUGUGGCGAAAGGCAAUUUUGAUUUGGAAUGUUCUCGAAUUUUAGUAGUCCUAAACGGAAACAAAUGUACACACACUUUUUUAUUGGAAAGAACCUUUUCUUAGAUUUUAGCGAACGAAAUACGCGUGUUAACCAUGGCGUCGCACGAGAAGCAAUUUUGUCCGGCGAGAGAGGGCAACGAACGACAACGACGUCAAACAAUGCCACACUUCCAAGAUGUCCAGCAGCCAAGUGCUCGUCAGGAGUGGAGGAGCUCGCUUUUGCAGCAGGACAAUUCACAGCUUCCCCACAUCAAGGAAGAAGAGAAAAUUGACAUCAGCAAGUUGCCACUGCCUGUUGUGAAGAGUGAGGAGGAGGAAGAACAUCCCGCUCACUUCAAAAAAGAGGACCAUCUCCACAUUGAGGAAGAGGAGCAAAUGGAUGUCAGCAAGUUGCCAGUGAUUGUGGUCUCUGUGAAGUGUGACGAUGAUGAAGAUGAAACACCCCAGUGGUCGCAGAUUAACCACGAGAGCCCAAGUGGAGGUACACUGCCGAACAAUCUGUUAGCGCCGCUGUCGGACACCGAUGGCAUCGAAGAACCUUUGAGGGAUGACGCAGAUUGCGAGGACAAGCAGUUGAAUUGUGGAGAGGAGGAGGCAGCUCCUAAAAAGAAAACUUCUCACACACGUAAAUGUCACACAGCUGAAGAACAUUUCAGCUGCUCAAUUUGCGGGAAAAAAUUUGCUCAAAAUGGACCCAUGAUUAGACACAUGAGAACACACACAGGAGAAAAACCUUUUAGUUGCUUAACUUGUGGUAAGGCGUUUUCUCUCAAGGAAUAUAUGAAAUCACACAUGAAAAAACACACAGGUGAAACCCCCUUUUGUUGCUCAUUUUGUGGUAAAACAUUUUCUCAAAAGAAAACAUUGCAAUCGCACAUGAGGACGCACACUGGAGAAAAACCCUUCCGUUGCUCAUUGUGUGGUAAAAAAUUGGCUCUCAAGCUAAACAUAGUCAAACACAUGAGGACACACACGGGGGAAAAAUCCUUUCUUUGCUCAACAUGCGGUAAAACCUUCUCGGAAAGGCAUCGUCUAGUAUCGCACUUGAGAACGCACACGGGAGAAAAACCAUUCGCUUGCUCGACUUGCGGUAAGACCUUCUCACAAAGGCAUCAUAUGGCUUCACACGUGAAAACACACACAGGAGAAAAACCUUUCGUUUGCUCCGUUUGUAGUACGGCGUUUUCUCGAAAAGUCAAUCUCGAGAUACACUUGAGAACGCACACUGGGGAGAAACCUUUUCGUUGUUUAACUUGUGGUAAAACGUUCUCUGUCAAAGCAACCAUGGUCAAACACAUGAGAACGCACACAGGAGAAAAACCCUUUCAUUGCUCUGAGUGUGGUAAAAGAUUCACUCAAAAGGUAAACAUGGUAAUACACAUGAGAUCUCACACUGGAGAGCAAGAAUUUUGUUGAUCCGCGUGUUUUUUUUUAACGAUUUUUUGCAGCACAACCACAAAGCCAGUCUUUUUUUAGAGUACCAACCCUUCUGAAGCGAACGUGUUGUACAGUCCGUCCCGGGAGGCCCGUAGUUUGAAUUAAUCCUCGCAAAUCUGGCGUUGGUCUUCCCUUACUUAUGAUUUCAUGCUUUGAAAGUCAAGUUUUGAAAAUUUUCGAGAUUAUAUCCUCAAUUUUCAGGGAAAAUAAAGCCAAAUAGCAACGCGUUA